UUAAGCCCGAGUGGAACAGUCCAGGCCCAUUCUCUUCUCACCAGCCUCUCUACGAUCGUCGUCUUCCAAGUUCCACAAAACCAAUUCCUCUGCAUUUUCCGCUACGAAAAGAAAAUAAUAAUUCUGAAGUUUCACUUCAAUGGCUCAAAUUCCAAACUUAGACAAUGCUCCUCUCAAUCUCACAGCCCUCAGGGAACAGUCUCAGAAAGAGCUUAUAAACAUCCUAAAGAAUAUUCGAGGAAAGAAGUGUUUGGUGAUCGAUCCGAAGCUCGGUGGAUCUCUCUCAUCGAUUAUCCAGACUUCGCUUCUCAAGGAACAUGGGGUUGAAUUGCGGUAUCUCUCGGCCGAUCCAAUUCAAACCGAUUUGGCCAAAGUGGUGUACCUUGUCCGUUCUCAGCUUAACUUGAUGAAAUUCAUUAGUUCACAUGUUCAUAAUGACUUAUCUAAAGGUCUUCAGAGGGAGUAUUACGUUUAUUUUGUCCCCCGCCGUGCGGUUGGUUGCGAAAAGAUCCUUGAAGAGGAAAAAGUCCAUCACUUGUUGACUGUAGGGGAGUACCCGUUGUACAUUCUUCCAUUGGAUGAGGAUGUUCUAUCAUUUGAAUUGGAUCUUGCUUAUAAAGAAUAUCAAGUCGAUGGUGAUACAAGCUCACUUUGGCAUAUUGCAAAAGCCAUUCACAAGCUUGAGUCUUCUUUUGGUGUAAUACCAAAUGUGAGGGCCAAAGGCAAAGCAUCAGUACGUGUUGCUGACAUACUAAACCAUAUGCAAGCAGAGGAACCAGUUAACUCGCCUGAGAUGGUUGUGCCAGAGAUAAAUACUCUUAUUCUUUUAGAUAGGGAGGUGGAUAUGGUAACUCCUAUGUGUUCUCAACUAACAUAUGAGGGGCUUCUUGAUGAGUUUUUGCACAUAAACAAUGGUGCAGUGGAGCUUGAGGCAUCUAUCAUGGGUGUUCAGCAAGAAGGAAAGAAGAUCAAAGUUCCACUUAAUUCUAGUGACAAGCUCUUUAAGGAGAUACGGGAUCUCAACUUCGAAGUUGUUGUCCAGAUUCUACGUCAAAAAGCAACAUCCAUGAAGCAGGACUACACAGAGAUGACAACCACGAGCCAAUCAGUUUCUGAAUUGAAGGACUUUGUCAAAAAGCUGAACUCAUUGCCAGAAAUGACUAGGCAUAUAAAUCUUGCUCAGCACCUGUCAACUUUCACAUCAAAGCCAUCAUUUCUGGGGAAACUUGACAUGGAGCACACAAUUAUUGAGGCUCAGAGUUAUGACAUAUGUUUCGAGUACAUUGAAGAAAUGAUCCAUAAGCAAGAAUCACUGAUAAAUGUCCUUCGUCUUCUUGUCUUAUUUUCUAUCACAAAUUCAGGGUUGCCCAAAAAACAUUUUGACUAUUUGAGGAGAGAGCUCCUCCAUAGUUAUGGAUUUGAGCACAUGGGAACGUUGAAUAACUUGGAAAAAGCUGGAUUGUUUAGAAAACAGGAGACAAAAAGCAACUGGUUGACAGUAAAACGUGCUCUGCAACUUGUGGUUGAGGAUACUGACACAGCCAUCCCCAAUGAUAUUGCCUAUGUCUUUUCUGGGUACGCACCUCUUAGUAUUCGGCUUGUACAGCAUGCUGUUCGAUCUGGAUGGCGUCCUAUAGAAGAAAUCCUGAAGUUGUUACCUGGGCCUCAUUCAGAUACAAAAAGAGGGAGAUUUUCAAGUACUUCAUCGUUUGACAACCUAUACGGCUCUUCAGCCAGUGGAGACAACAGGGUGGCUGACGGAAGGCGCUCCCUAGUACUUGUAGUGUUCAUUGGAGGUGUAACAUUCGCGGAGAUUUCUGCUCUACGGUUUCUCAGUGCUCAGGAAGGGAUGGCAUAUGAUCUGAUUAUUGGGACAACAAAAAUCAUCAGCGGAAACACCUUGACCGAAACAUUCGUUGAGAAGUUGGGUUGAAUUGUAACAUGUCCUUUCUUGUCUUAAAAUCUUUACUUUCUUUUUCCUGGUUGAGAGCUGCAGAAGAUGAAGCUUGUGGCGUGACUUGUUGCGGUCCAUGUUUGUUUCUAUAAUAACCCGUGUUUAAUUUAUUUGCCUGCAAGAUUGAUUUUUUUUUUUUUUCCUUUUAUUUUUACUCUUUUGCCUGCUGGGAGCACUAGUAAUGAGGGUCACCGGUCAUGCAAUUUCCUCCCAAGGAAAUUGCCUGGUUUUAUUAGGAAAAAAUGGGGUUGAUUCAAUUUUUUGAAUCAGAAUAUUGGUGACAAAAACUGAUGAGUACAAGAUUUAAAGACUUUUAACU